AUUUAGAUACUGAUAGUAAGACUGUGGACGUGUAAUGGAGGAAAGCGAUGUGGUUAGAUGGGUGAACUCUAAAGUGAUAACACCUGUAACUGAUGGACUCUCAUCGACAGAGUUUCGUAAUGGAACUGUGCUGGUAGAAUUGGCAGUCCUGCUAUUACCACACAACGAAACAGCAGUCUCACCAACUGGCAUGACCGAUUCUAUCCGCAAUAUUAAAACGUUUCUGGCAUGUCUUGCCGAAGAUGAAACACAGAUUGAUGUUCAGCCUUUAGAUAUAUUCAGAGGUGACGAAGAAGCGAUAAAAACAGUCCUGGAAAAAUUGUGCGACAAAUAUGAUAAUAACAAUUCUGAUACGACAUCGUUUACGUCUUGUCCUGAUGAAGACAACGCCCUGCAGGGUAUAUCUGAAGACACUGCACUAGAUAAUGCGAACACUGACACCCUUCUUGAGGCCAUUGAUUUGAGACCUGGUAUUCAAGAAAUCGUGGCACUGGCCUCUGAUCAAGCGCUUGGCAUUCAAUAUAUUGUGGCCCCUGAUCUGAUGCCUGAUGUGGAUCUUGAUGCGAGACCAACGUUCAUCGACAAUAUCAUUAUCAAGGUAAAAGAAAGUGACCCUUUACAUGCUUUAUGUGUGGACAAAAAGCGGUUGACACAGGACAGCAGAGUUUUCAGGGAGAUGAUUGAGGAGCAGUUCCGGGAAGAAAUAGAUAUGACGGAUUUUGAACCAGACACAGUGAGAUUAUUUCUUACCUUACUCGAAGAUAGACAAGUUGAUGACAUCGAAAAGGUACACUUUAGGGAGCUCAAUAAAAUCUCUGAAGUCUUUGAAGUAGAAUGGUUAAGAGUGAAAUGCUACACAUGGCUUUCCGGCAGGAUGAACAGAGAUAUGUUGGAUGAAGAGAAACAUUUCGUGUUCGAGGAAUGCUGGUAUAUCCUCAGGAAAUGGCACUGGAAGCAUUGUGAUUUGAUGGAUGUUUUGAUUGGUAAAAUAGCAGCGGGUGACAAUUCAUCCUUUAUUUUGAAGUAUUUUCAAGAAUUUGACAACCUUGACACAGUUCAGCUAGAACUGAUGCUGAAACUUGGAUAUAGUAACAGUAAACUCUUUCUUCAAACAGUUCUAGAUAAUUUGAUCAGUAAAAAUGAGCUAGAAGAAAAUAUCAAGCAUCUACUCCAGAAAAUGAACCUGCCAUUUUGUCAUGAAGCAAACAAUAAACUGUAUACUGAUAUGUUGGAUGCUAUAGCCAAGCUACCAGAUAUAUCAGCAACUGAUUUGAAAUUUAUUUUAGUACUGACCACGGAAACGACAAGAUUAACACGCUCACGAAACGAUAGAAUGCUGAAAAACAAAGAAACCAGAGUGAUACUUGAUACAAAGAAACUGAAGAAUUUGCGAGAUAACUGUCAAACAUUGAAAGACGUAUUAGAUGCAGUGAGCAAUGAACAGGUGUCGUCUAUGUUGGUGGUAGUUGAAAUAUUACUCUGGGUUUUCUUGCAUGAUCCACCUAACGGUGACGAGAUGGAAGCGUCAUUCAUCAGUAAACUCUCUGACAUCAGUUGUAGUACAAGAAUUCAGAAAGUACCAAACCAGUAUCUAAAUAUGAUAAUAUCUGCUCUAGAUACCUCUCCGCUACAACAGAAAGAACAGCUCAUUCAGCUAUUGAAGAAGAUGAAGAGGAAUCAGAACCUGUCAACUAACAUACAUACUGUUUUAAUCACAAAGCAUGAAGAGAAGCGUGUUGACAAUAAAAAGAAGCAUUGCUUUGUCUUCAAGCAUCCUCAGGGUUGUGAUAGAUCUGACUCUGAGUGUGGAUUUAUAGUAAAGUUUCGUAGACCAGUUAGAUAUUAUUGGAUAGGAGAACUAAGUAUUGACGAUAAGGACUAUCAGGACUCAGGAAUACACUAUCACGGCUUUUCGUCAGCUCAGGACAUAUGCACGUACCGCCUUUUUGAUGGUAUUGGACCAGAUAAAGGAACACCUGUACCUUCAAUAGGUCACUGGAAGUGGUUUGAGAAGUGGUUACCAGAGUCUGACUUGAAAGAAAAACAGAAAUGUUUAGCAAUAGAUAUCAGUGAUUAUCUUAUUGCGAAAUGUUAAUGAUAUGGAGAACAGUAUACGGACGUGCAUUCUGGUCUUACAAUUGUUCUGCCAAACAUUAACUUUAUUAAUAACUCUUAAGAUUAUUCUAAUAAGAUCAUUAAACUGAUCUAAGUAUAUUUUAUAAAUAUCCAUAACAAGCUCGAGAAGAGCGGGUUGCUAUUAUAAUAAUUUUUAUUUCAAACCUUUAAUAUUAUAUGAUUUUUUUAAAGUUU